AUGCCCGGAGUAACAGUGAAAGACGUAAACCAGCAGGAGUUCGUCAGGGCCCUGGGUGCUUUCCUCAAGAAGUCAGGGAAACUUAAAGUACCAGAAUGGGUAGACACAGUUAAACUUGCCAAACACAAGGAAACUGGCACCUUAUGAUGAAAACUGGUUCUACACCCGUGCUGCUUCCACAGUUCGUCACUUGUACCUCCGUGGUGGCGCCGGAGUUGGCUCCAUGACAAAAAUCUAUGGUGGGCGCCAACGCAAUGGUGUCAUGCCAAGCCACUUUAGCCGUGGAUCAAAAAGUGUGGCCAGGAAGGUGUUGCAGGCUCUGGAGGGGCUCAAAAUGGUGGAGAAAGACCCCAAUGGAGGUCGCAGACUGACUCCACAAGGACAGAGAGACCUUGACAGAAUUGCUGGGCAGGUUGCAGCAGCCAACAAGAAACAUUAA